AUGGCAGAGGCUGAACUUUUUUCUCUGGCUAAAAGUGUUGGGAAGCUUAUACAAUCUGAAUUUCAAUUCUUGUCUGGAGUCGAAGACCAAGUCAACAAAGCAAAGUUGAAGCUGGAGAUUAUGAGUGCUUCCUUGGAAGAUGCAGAUGCUCAUGUAAGAAGUGGGAACAAGACAGUUCGCAUUUGGGUUUCCAAACUCAGAGAAGAAUCUUAUGACUUGGAGGACGUUAUUGAAACUUAUGUCUUGAAAGUGGUUUCUAAUAAUGCGAGCGGUGGAGAGGAGAUCGUAUCCAACAUUCAUGAUUGGACUUCAGAGUUACAAAGCUGUGGAGUUCUACAAAGAUCACUAGACCAGGCAGCUGAAACUAGUUCAAAACGCGCCGAGGAGCAAAGAGAGUUGAGGCGAACUCAUUCUCAUGUGGUGGACAACGAUGUAGUUGGAUUCGACAGAGACAUCAAAGAAUUGGUAGCUGUUUUGACAGAAAAAGAGGAUAAGCAUGGGGUGAUCUCUGUAUGUGGGAUGGGUGGUCUGGGGAAGACCACCCUUGCCAGAAAGGUUUAUCACCAUCCUCAAGUCAGGGACUACUUCGAUUGUUUUGCCUGGGCCUCGAUAACCCAACAAUGUGUGGUACGUGAAAUAUGGGAAGGAAUUUUGUUUGGUUUGAUUUCUCCUAAUACCAAGGAGAAAAGAGAAGAAAUCAGAAGCAUGAGUGAUAGUGAAAUGUCCAAGGAGCUUUACGAACUUCAGAAAGAGAAGAAAUGUUUGGUGCUUCUUGAUGACAUUUGGACCACUUCAACCUGGGAUUCUCUGAAAGAUGCCUUCCCUGAAGAAGAAACUAAAAGCAAGAUUUUACUCACAACUCGGAAAACGGGAGUAGCUCUGCAUGUGGAUCCACGUUGUUUCAUCCAUGAACUUCACUAUCUCAAUGAGAAUGAAAGCUGGAAGCUAUUUCAGAACAAAGUUAGAGCGUAUCCAACAGGUGAUAAAUUUUACUCUUAA